AUGACUGUGGAGUUUCCAGGACGAGUAUGGAGCCUCCAGGACGAGUAUGGAGCCUCCAGGACGAGUAUGGAGCCUCCAGGACGAGUAUGGAGCCUCCAGGACGACUAUGGAGCCUCCAGGACGACUAUGGAGCCUCCAGGACGACUAUGGAGCCUCCAGUAUGACUAUGGAGCUUCCAGUCGUAUUGUUGAAAUACAAGCCGUGGAGGGUCACUCAGUGUCAUUGCCUUGCAGCGUGACGCCUCCUAACCAUGACAAAGUCUACAUGGUCUUCUGGUUUCAAGAUGACGCCGGAAUUCCAUUGUACAGCUUCGACGUCCGUGGCAAACCCCUGUCGGCUGCACGCCACUGGUCAGCCCCCGAAGUGUUCGGCUCAAGGGCCCAUUUUAGGGCCGACGGUGAACCUGCCAGGCUGGAACUUCAAGACGCCCGAAGGCACGACGCUGGCGUCUAUAGGUGUCGUGUCGACUACAGGCACACACAAACUAGAAGCCUUAGGUACAACCUGACUGUCAUAGUUCCUCCAGAACGUCCAGCUGUUUUAGACCGGUGGGGACGUCAACUUAAUGGGUCGCAAUUAGGACCUCAUGAAGAAGGGGAUGACGUCAUGCUUACUUGCAGAGUAGUCGGAGGUCGACCUGCUCCAACUGUCCGAUGGUUGGUAAAUGGACUAUUGGUGGAUGCCCAGGCUGAACAGACAAGUGGCGACGUCAUCGAAAAUCGUCUAAUGUGGCCCACACUGGCCAGGGGCGAUUUAGGGGCCAUUGUCACAUGCCAAGCUGUUAAUACACAACUUAUAGAACCCAGAGAGACUUCAUUUGUCUUAGACAUGCACUUGAAACCUUUGGUGGUCAAUAUAAUGAAACCUCCACCGCCUUUGGUGGCGGACAGGAGGUAUGAGGUCACCUGUGAAUCUGCAGGUUCACGACCGCCAGCGGUCAUCACGUGGUACAAAGGCAAAAGACAAUUACGUAGAACUAAGGAUGAAACUCACGAAAAUAGGACAGUGAGUUCCUUAAGUUUUGUGCCGAGCACUGAAGAUGACGGAAAAGAAAUUACGUGUCGUGCUGAAAAUCCAAAUGUUACAGGAAUGUUUAAGGAAACUACGUGGACACUUGAUAUAGUCUAUCCUCCAAUCGUGACUCUUCGCCUAGGAAGUACUCUGAGUGCUGAUGACAUCAAAGAAGGUGAUGAUGUCUAUUUUGAGUGCCAUGUCAGCUCCAAUCCGCCUUGGAGAAGACUUUUGUGGUUAUAUGAUGGUGCUGUAUUAUCUCACAACACAUCAGGACGUGUAUUCAGAUCAAACCAGAGCCUGGUGCUUCAACAUGUCACUAAACAAAGUGCAGGAAAAUAUUCCUGCUCUGCCAUCAAUAGUGAAGGCGAAACGAUUUCCAAUGAGCUGGAUUUUCGAGUCAAAUAUGCUCCUGUCUGCAACUGGGACCACGUCUCCAUAGUAGGCGCCGGUCGAGGUGAAGAAGUCCUGGUAAGAUGUUCCGUCCAAUCCGAUCCUGGAGCCAAGGCCUUUCGAUGGCAAUUUAAUAAUUCAGGUGAAACCUUACCUGUGGAUCCUGCCAGGUUUACAACCAAUGAAACUACGAGUACUUUGAGAUACACACCUGUCAGUGACCAGGAUUACGGGUCACUUAGCUGUUGGGCCAUCAAUGAUGUCGGGAAACAGCAGAGGCCUUGUAUAUUUCAAGUUGUUUUUGCUGGUCUCCCUGCAGCUCCAAAAAAUUGCACCCUCUACAACCAAAGUUCUGGUUCUGCAGAAGUGGGAUGUAUUUCUGGUUACGAUGGAGGACUUCCCCAACACUUUUUGUUGGAAUUAUUUGCUGGAAGAUCACGAUUAGCCAGGUACAACCAGACAAAUCCGAUGGAACCAGAAUUCUUUCUGGACGGUUUGGAGCAAGAAGUUAUGUUCAGGAUAGUUAUAUAUGCAGUGAAUGCCAAAGGGAGGUCACAGGCUUCUAUUAUUGAAGGCGUGUACUUCACUGAUGCAGAAAAACGCACUGCCAACCAAUUCGGAACCCUCUCACCCCUCCUUGGUGUUGGGGCUGGUAUAGCCCUAACCUUGCUCCUGGCCACUUUAGCAGUAGUUUACAAGGUGAGAAGAAAUUCCAGAAGGGCCGGAUCAGGAUCUGUACCCAAUAAUGGUUCUGCUGGUCUUAAUAACGUGCACCAUAAUAAAACUUGGGUUCCAAGCGGAAAACCUGGCCAGGCAGUUGUCACCACUUUGACAACUGGCCAGGAGGAGGAUCCUGAUGUCAUUCCUGCCAAACAUGAACUCGGAGCACCCGAAGACGAUACCAUGUUUAUAAAACCAGUUUUACCAUCCGGCCCUGGAAGGCCAAAUCAUUGGGCCAAUCCUUCUGAAAUACACGACACGACAAACGGAACUUUGGGCCGAACUCACGUAGUUCGGCAAUAUGUAAGGCCAGCCUCCGGGUGCUCUGACACGUGGGACACACGACCCAAAGAUUUAUUAUUGGGCCGGUCCUGUGCGACGAGCCCCGGAGCGGGUAGUGACCCGGAUUUGAAUGCCCAGGCGAUCAAAGAUCGCCUUAUGGCCAAUCGGGUUCCGGAAAGUUGUGUUUGA